UUGUCUAGUCUCUGCUUGGUAUCAAUUAGCUAGUUUUGUUUCCAUCACCGUUUUGUUUUGCCCUGGCCAUCAAUUUAUUCCAAUACGCCCCUGUUGUCUACAAAUUCUUCCUCCUUUCCAAUUUGGAUUUACUGCUUCUUUUACCGCCAUGUUUUUAAUUUCAUUGGAUAGACUUAUUAGUGUUUUAUUUCCGUUAUGGUUUGUUAUUUUUACUAAGAAUUUCUUUUUUCCCCCGUUCCCUGUGGGGGUGAACCCACCAUCCCCACCAUUACAAGCUGUAGUAGAGACUAAAGGACACCCUAGUAACAGCAUGUUUGGAUAA